CUCACUGCACUGGCCGCCAUGGGCCUGAGGCUGCUGCUCCCACUGCUACUGCUCUGGACACAGAGGACCCAGGGGUCUGAGCUGGACCCUAAUGGGCAGCAUGUCUGCAAGGACAACAGCCCCUCUGCUGAGCUCCAGUGCUGCCCAGGCUGGAGGCAGAAGGAUCAAGAAUGCACCAUUGCCAUCUGUGAGGGGCCCGAUGCCUGCCGGGAAAACGAAGUGUGUGUGAAGCCAGGCCUCUGUCGAUGCAAACCUGGAUUCUUCGGGGCCCAGUGCAACUCCCGCUGCCCGGGCCAGUACUGGGGCCCCGACUGCCGCGAGAGCUGUGCCUGCCACCCCCACGGGCAGUGCGAGCCUGACACUGGUGUGUGCCGCUGCCAAGCCAACCGCUGGGGUAGCCGCUGCGAGUUCGAGUGCACUUGCAGCCCUCACGGGCGUUGCGACCAGAAGACCGGCGCGUGCCACUGCGAGGCGGGUUGGUGGUCGACCAAGUGCCACCACCGGUGCCAGUGCAACCCAGUGGCAGCCCGCUGUGACCAGGCCACGGGCAACUGCCUGUGCGAGGUGGGCUGGUGGGGCCGCCGCUGCAGCUUCCGCUGCAAUUGCCACGGCUCGCCGUGCGCCAAGGAGUCGGGUCGCUGCGCCUGCUGGCCGGGCUGGUGGGGCCCCGAGUGCCGGCAUCGGUGCGAGUGCGUGCGCGGCCGCUGCAGCGCGGACUCGGGCCAGUGCGCCUGCCCGCCCGGCUUCCACGGCGUGCGCUGCGAGCUACCCUGCCCCGCGGGCCUCUUCGGGGCGCAGUGCAGCCGCAGCUGUGGCCACUGCGAGCAGAACGAGCCGUGCUCCGCAGACACAGGCAGCUGUAAGUCCUGCGAGCCAGGCUGGAACGGGACGCAGUGCCUCCAGCCCUGCCCACCUGGCACCUUUGGUGAGAGCUGUGGACAGCAGUGCCCCCGCUGCUGGCAUGGGGAGGCCUGUCAGCCAGACACUGGGCACUGUCAGAGCUGUGACCCUGGCUGGCUGGGGCCCAGGUGUGAAGACCCCUGCCCAAAUGGCACCUUUGGGGAGGGCUGUGGCUCAACCUGCCCCCCCUGUGUUCAGGGGGCUUGUGAUGCUGUGACUGGGGAAUGUGUCUGCAACGCUGGCUACUGGGGACCCAGCUGCAACGUUUCAUGCCCAUCUGGCUUCCAUGGAAACAACUGCUCUGCUCCCUGUGAAUGCCCAGAGGGCCCCUGCCACCCUGUCUCCGGGGCCUGCCAGCUGGGGUCUCACAGUCAGGAUGCCACCCUCAUCGCUGGCAUCCUUGUGCCUCUGCUGCUGCUCCUCCUGGGCAUUGCCUGCUGUGCCUGCUGCUGUUGGGCUGCGCGGUUGGACCCCAAGGACAGGCCAGCGAGUGAUGGAGCUGCUGUGUCCAGGAUGAAGCUCCAGGUCUUGUGGGAGGCACUGACCAGCCUGGACUUCGCGCUGCCCUGCAGGUCCCUCAGCAGCCACAAGCUUCCCUGGGUGACAGUCUCCCACCACGACCCGGAGAUCCCCUUCAACCACAGCUUCAUUGAGCAGCCCUCUGCUGGCUGGGCCUCAGACGACUCCUUCUCUUCUGAUUACGACUGUGGAGAUGAGGACGAGGAUCCUGCCUACUGCGUGCCACCCAAAGAAGGGAUGGUCCCUGUGGCCCAAGCAGAGUCGCCAGAGGCCAGCCUGGUUGAUGGUCCCUUCCCACCCCCCGAGGAUGCCUCCACACCAUUCGCCAUCCCACGCACUUCCAGCCUAGCACGGGCCAAGCGACCAUCGGUCUCCUUUGCUGAAGGCACCAAGUUUGCACCGCAGAAUCGCCAAAGCUCCGGGGAGCUCUCCAACCCGCUCCGGAAGUCCAAGCGGCUCUCCCGGGGCGGCCAGCCAGGUCCUGAGAGCCAGGAGGCUGAGGAGUCCACAGGCCCUGACAAAACAGAAAGGGACAAGGUCCCUCCUGGGGCACCCAGCCCCAAGGAUUCAGCCACGGGCCACCGCCGGCUCCCACUUUGUGGCCGGACAGUGGCUGAGCGCGUGGAAGCCAUUGAAAGCAGUGUCCAGGAGAGCUCAGGCUCCGUAACCACAAUAUACACCUUGGCAGGGACACCCCGGGAAUCUGAGGGCCCGGUCCGGUCUGUCCUCCGCCGUUUUGGCAGCUUCCAGAGAGGCCAGGCAGAGCCCAAGGUCAAGAGUGCCAUCCCCAAGCCUCCACGUCGGGCAUUGAGUCGGAACAAGGGCAGAUCCGGGCUGGCCUCUGGCUCUGCCAGUCAGAGCUCUGGCCCAGCCCCGAAUGAGGAGCCCGCUGGGGCCUCGCAGCCUGCAGGGACUGGGCCAGAGCAAGUGGCCAGUGGGCUGAGGGAUGGCAUCAAGAGCUCAGGGGGGGUCCAGGAGCUGGCUCCCGGUGGCCCCCCAAAACAGGAUCCCCAGAAGCUGGCUGACGAGGAAGGGCAGGAGGAGCCCCAGUAUGAGAAUGUUGCACCCAUCUCUGGGCCACCAGAGCCCUGAGGACCGUGAAUUUGGGGAGUGGGCAGGCUGUGGAUGGGGGGUAGGCACAAAACUGCCUCUGCAUCAGAUUGUAUUUUGUGCUGGAAAAAGGUCCCAGGGCCGGGAAAGACCUACCAGAACCUCUGCCCUUCCGUGGGGAAACAUCUGAGGUAGAGGCGAGUUGGCUCUGGGCCCUGGCGGUGUUCCAGGGAAGGUCUGGAAGGCGUGGGCAGAGACCCCACGGGAUGGGGUCAGGAAGGGGAGUGAGACGGCUGCAGGGACUUUUUUCUGUUGUCCUGGACUUUGCUUACCCCAAAAGGCUAUUCUUUCCUUCAUUUGCAAAAUAUUUUUCUGAACUGGAAAACAACCUAAAUGUUUGAUGAUAAAAGAUUGGUUAAAUAAAUAUUUUUUAUGAUGGGUUCCUAAUCAACCACGAAAAAUUAUGUUGUGUAAGAGAGCGAGAAAGAGAAACAUCGAUGGGUUGCCUCCCACAUGGCACCCCGACCAUGUGCUCGUACCCGCAACCUGGGUAUGGGCCCUGACCAGGAACUGAACCCGCCACCUUUGGUGUAAGGGACGAUGCUCCAACUGAGCCACACUGGCCAGGGCUUAUUUUCUUUUUAAGCUUUUGUAUAAUUUGCAUAUUCUCUAAAGUGAAUAUUCUUUUCAC